GCCCCGGGUGCCUCACGUGACGCGAGUCUCGCGCUGCGAUUGGUCGCGUCGGAGGAAGCGUUGGCGAGACGGGAGCGUCGGGUUGACCGCGAUGGCGGCCUCCCUGGACGCGCUGUGGGAAGACCGCGACAUUCGCUUCGAUGUCUCCCCCCAGCAGAUGAGAAUGCGUGCAGGAGAACUGCUCAUUGAUUCUCUGGACUCGAUUGAAGACACCAAGGGGAACAAUGGCGAUCGUGGUCGGUUGUUGGUUACAAACUUGAGGCUCAUUUGGCACUCGCAAUCACUGCCAAGAGUGAACCUAUCUAUUGGCUACAACUGUGUGAUAAGCAUCACAACACGCACAGCAAAUUCGAAAUUGCGCGGGCAGACCGAGGCACUGUACAUCCUGACCAAGUGCAACAACACGCGCUUUGAAUUCAUCUUCACCAACCUGGUGCCCGGAAGCCCCCGUCUGUUCACCUCCGUAAUGGCUGUACACAGGGCAUACGAGACAUCUAAGAUGUACCGCGACCUGAAGCUACGUGGUGCCCUGAUCAGUAACAGGCAGCUGCGGCUUUUACCGCAGGAACAGGUUUACGACAAGAUCAACGGCGUUUGGAACCUGUCCAGCGACCAGGGAAACCUGGGCACCUUCUUUAUAAGUAACGUGCGUCUGGUGUGGCAUGCCAACAUGAAUGACAGCUUCAACGUCAGCAUUCCAUACCUGCAAAUUCGUUCAGUGAAGAUAAGAGAUUCCAAGUUUGGCCUUGCAUUGGUAAUAGAAACAUCACAACAGAGUGGUGGCUACGUGCUGGGUUUCCGUAUCGACCCCCUCGAGAAGCUACAAGAGGCAGUGAAAGAGAUCCAGUCGCUGCACCGUGUCUACUCCGCCAGCCCCAUUUUCGGGGUGCAGUUUGAGAUCGAGGAUAGGCCCCAGCCACUUGAUGAAGUGACAGUGGAGAAUGCCUUGGAUGACGUGGAAAUUCAACAGGAUGAGCCAAGCGAUGCCUUCGUGGCCUACUUUGCCGAUGGAAACAAGCAACAAGAUAGGGAUCCCAUAUUCAACGAAGAUCUCGGUCUUGCAGUGGAGAAGCUGCGUGAUGGAUUCACCCUGCAGAGUCUCUGGGAUGUUGUGAGCUAAGCUUGUCUACGUGUAUGCCUCUUAAAUGUCGUUUCCCAAACCCUCCUCCUGUACCGCAAGUGCAAUAAGUUGAACAUUUCUGAAGUUGACAGGAUACAAUUUUUUGUUCAGAAGUAAUCAUUCGAUGAGGGCUCAUUCGUAUAUAAGUGCAAUUUAGUAUGGAUUUAGGCAGCACUAAUGUACAUUACCUUAACGCAUUCCUCUUGGCGCUGUGGUGGUGAGAUGUUAACUACCUGGCCUGGUAUACAGGAUGUCGUGGGUUUGAUCCUGACCCUGAUGCCUGCUGUAUAUUUGGAGCUUGCGUGUUUUCCCCGUGAUCGCCUGGAUUUUUCUUCCGGGUCCUCCGGUUUUUUCCCCUCCAUAUUUAAAAACGUGUUUUGGUGUAUUUGGCUGCAAUACAUUUGCAUGUGAUCAGCCACUUUGUUGAACUAUCAUUUGUGGCCAGGUCGCUUCUGAAAAAAGAGCUAAAUAGCUCAGUGGGCCUUACGAAAUAAAAAGUUUAGUUUAAUUGUAUUAGCAUUAUGCCUACCUGGCCAGAAAAAAGUGCCUCCCCUUGGCUGCUGAACAGAGUAACAUGAGAAGAAUGUGAUUUGAUUAGGAUAUGAAUUAAUCAUUACUUUUAGGCAUGCAUAUGAGGAAUUUGUGUAUGCUGCACACAAUGGUCAUAUGAUCUCAUCGUGAAUAAUUUAGUAUCUCUUAAUCUGGUGUUUUUAAUCCCCGCUAAUUAAAAGGAAGUUGACUAUUUAAAAUAAGAUGCAUGUGCUGUGUAGCGGGAUUCAUUUUGUACAUUCUGUAAUGUCAGAAAAACUGUUUUGUGCAGCGGACAGUAUAUUUUCAAAACACAUACCGUACCACAAUUAAUGUGCACAAACUCUAAGCAUUGGACUCAGAAUAGCAGGCUGUUUGCAUCCAGAAGUAGACUUGCUAUUGAUUCUAUGCUAUUGAUUCUCAGAAUAUUUUUUUCCCCUUUUAGGAAACCACAAAUUUUAAAUCUCGGCUUAAUUUGAAGGGGGGUAAACUCGUGUAUGUUCGUGUUUGUAAAUGGGGCCAUUCUUGAUUACGAGUUGUGCAAAAUAAGCACUCAAAUAAAUGGGAUGUUCUCUGUAACUCCAGAAAAACA